AUGCCGCUCUGCAAAAGGGUCCGCUCUUCUUCAGCGCCGGGAAGAUUAGAAACCCAGCAUGUGACCAGCAUCCUCUCUGAAACUGGAUGGACGAAGGGAGCGGAUCAAAGAGCCGCGAGUGUCGGGAUGUCAGAGGGUGAAAGCAGACGACUCCUCGGCGCCGAGCCGGCGACUGGAUCACUCAGACUGUAUGAACUGCCUGUCUCCAAUGUUUCAACCUUCCACAAUGAGAUUGAUGAGAAGAUUUCCCUGGAGAAUCUCCAGAAACUGAAGGAUUCAUUCCAGGAAUUUGAGACGGCUGGCUUGAAAUGCAUUGAUGUGAAGGAAUUUGGACGUAUAGUGAAGAAGUGUUUGGGUUUCCCGAACACAAGCAAUGCACAGAUUCAAGGAUUAUUUAAGAAGAUUGAUUAUUCAGGCCAGGGGCGGAUUUCAUGGGCGGAGUUCUGCACUCACAUGCUGCAGGAGUAUAAAGAAAGGGAGGAAAUCAAAAGGCGCCAGAGAGAAGUGGCCUUUAUUCUGCCAGCCACGACGAACGCCUCGGGUCAUGGCAUUCCCAUCGUCAACAUCCACUCCUCCCAUGACGGCAGCGCCGUAACGCUGAGAGAAGACGGCUUUGUUUGCCUUUGGAGUCCUCUGCUGAAGCCCCAGAGGACCAAGCACAUGUUUAACGAAGGACCGGCAAAUCGAAAGUCAAAGUGGGCGAGUGAUUUCACCGUGAUGACCGAGUGCAACAGGCUGAUGAUUGGAACCGGAGACAGAGAGAUCCAGCUUUAUGAGCUUUCCACUUUGGACCCUUAUUGUCAGAUCAAUGCCCUCGACACAAUACCUCUGACAUUAAGCUACAGCUACACGGGCCCCGACAGAUGCUGUGUCCUGUACGGAGACGCCGAAGGAUGUGUGGCCAUCAUUUUAAUUUCCUCUGUCGGAGAGACCCUCAGAUUAUGGAAUAAACUGCCCAGGAUUGACAACAUGCCCAGCAUAGCCAUGGAGAACGCAGUGCUGUCUCCCAACGUGACAUUUAUCCGGUGGAAGGUUCAUCAUGACUGGGUGACUCAGGUGAAAUACGUUCACAGUCUUCAGGCCGUUGUUUCCUCGUCCAAUGAAGAAUCUUCUUCGGUCGUUAUAGGCUGCCUGCUGCCUCUAACGGACGCCGAACAGCAGCUGAUCGAGAUCAGAGAGGCCUGCUACGAAGGCAAAUCCAAAAAGAUCCAGCUCAGCUGGACGCCGCAGGUCCGGCCGUCAUGUGAUCAGAAGGUCUUCAGCGUGUUCAAAGGGGUCAGGACCUUUGACGUUUGUCAGAAACACGGCUUGCUGGUCACUGGAGGCAUGGACAAGCUCAUACGCCUGUGGAACCCACAUUUCUCUGGGAAAGCGACUGGCAUUUUGAAAGGCCACUGUGCUCCCAUCCUCUUCCUCUCCAUCUCCUCAGAGGACAGUCGGAUCUUCUCUGUCUCCAUAGACAACACAGUGAAAAUUUGGGACGUUGAGGAUCAGUGCUGCCUGUUUACAGCGGAGCCCAAAGCGAGCGGGAUCCACGGUGAAAUAUCUGCGUGCCGCUACUCCGCCGCCGUGAAGUCCCUUUACGUGUCAGCAGACGACAUGGCGGUGCUCGCCCUCAAGUUGAGUCCACGGCUUCACAGCCGUCUGACUGUCUCUCAUAAUGAGGCUGUAACGUGCUGCGGCUUCAGUCAGGAGUUUCGUCAGGUCGUCAGCUGCACCGAGGGCUCGGUGGUGAAAGUGUGGGAUUUUGACUCUGGGCGUCAGGUGUUUGAGUUCGGUGGCUCCAAGGACCUGGCCCCCAUCACAUGUGUGACCUUUGACCCCAAAGGGAGGAGACUCAUCACAGGAGGAACAGACGGAUGCUUGAAGAUCUGGAACUCUAACAACGGUCUGUGCUUGAAGACAUUAAAAAGAGAUGGUGAAAGCCAUGAGGUGUGCGACUGCGCCUUUCUGAAAGUUCAGAGGAAGUGCUUUGUGAUGUCUGUCGGGAGGAGCCGGAGGAUUGACAUUUACUCAGACGUACCGGAGGAUCUCCACCAUGUCCAGAGGCCGCUUCCCUCCUGGCAAGACGAUGUGAGAAACGGGCAUCGGGAGGACGUCCUGUGUGUGGCGCAGUGUCCGCCCUCUCUCCUGGCCACUGGCGCCUACGACGGGGAGAUUAUCGUGUGGAACGUGGUUUCUGGACGUGUCCAGUGUCGCUUCGGCAGCCGCCACUCAUCCCAGCGUCGGGAUGUGGAAGAUCUGGAUACCAGUGUCCCAAGUCUAAUUUUUGUAAAAAACCUGCAGGAGUUUUCCUCGACGCCAGGCCUGCUGUCGUCUGGGUCCGCAGGUUGUUUAAACCUCUGGAGUGUGCUUGGUGGAGGAAAGUUUGUGAGCAGCUUCAGAGCAUCUAAAUUCCAGCAGAAGAUAACUAAACUGGCCCGAGCGGACCAGAAUGCUCUGCUGUACGCUGCUGACAGAAUCGGUUACAUUUACGUUUACAGCACAGACAACUUCACCUCUGACAGAAAGCCACUAAGAGCUGAAAACUUCUGGCGGGCCCACACCAGUACGGUCACUGGCCUGCAGAUCGUUGACAGUGAUCAAGUGGUGCUAACCUCAUCAGCCGACUGCACGGUGCGCCUCUGGAGCGCACGAGGCAAAUUCAUAGGGACCUUCGGGCAGCAGGAGCGCUGGAGCGUCCACCUCCCGUCCUCCUGGAUGCAUCCCGCCGUACCGUUCGAGGUUCUGAUUGAUCCCCUGAGUUUGCCAGAUCACGAAAUGCUGAAUGUAAAAACACGCCGCCGUGAAGCCAUCAAUCCUGACAAGGACUCGGGCUGAUGGAGGGGAAU